AUGUCGGACCUGGUCGACCACUCCCCCCACCAUCCUACCAAAGCGACCAAAUUGGCCAGCGCCUCCAAUGUUAUUUUGAUUGACAACUAUGAUUCCUUUACCUGGAACGUCUAUCAAUAUCUUGUUCUUGAAGGUGCAACUGUGACAGUAUUCCGCAAUGACCAAGUCACUAUCGAGGAUUUGAUGGCGAAGAAGCCGACCCAAUUGGUUAUCAGCCCUGGCCCCGGCCACCCCGAGACCGACGCGGGAAUCAGCAACGAGGCAAUUAGAUACUUUAGCGGAAAGAUCCCGAUUUUUGGUGUGUGCAUGGGCCAACAAUGUAUGAUUACCACGUUUGGUGGCAAGGUCGACGUUACUGGUGAAAUUCUGCACGGAAAGACAUCGCAGUUGAAGCAUGACUCAAAGGGUGUCUACAAGGAUUUGCCGACAUCUCUCGCCGUGACUCGUUACCAUUCGCUCGCAGGAACCCACUCGACAAUCCCGGACUGCUUGGAGGUGACUUCUUGGGCCGAGCUAGAGGACGGUAGCGGCAAGAAUGUCAUCAUGGGUGUGAGGCACAAGGAGCUUGCAGUAGAGGGCGUUCAGUUCCACCCUGAGAGUAUUUUAACACAGUAUGGACGUAAGAUGUUCAGGAACUUCCUGGAGCUCACCGCGGGGACUUGGGACAAUAAGAAUGGUGCCGCUGCCGCCGCUGCGCCGGUCGACAAGAAACUUUCCAUUUUGGACAAGAUUUACGCCCAUCGCAAAAACGCCGUUGCGGAGCAAAAGAAGAUUCCAGCGCUACGGCCUGAGACUCUCCAAGCCGCAUAUGACUUGGGCAUUGCGCCUCCUCAAUUGUCAUUGCCUGCGCGCCUGAGGCAGUCAGACUACCCCCUCUCACUCAUGGCCGAAAUCAAGCGGGCAUCGCCCUCCAAGGGCAUUAUCUCAGCCGACGUGUGCGCUCCGGCUCAAGCACGAGAAUACGCUAAGGCUGGUGCUAGCGUUAUCUCUGUCCUCACGGAGCCGGAGUGGUUCAAGGGCACCAUCGAUGACCUCAGGGCUGUUCGCCAGAGCCUGGAAGGUCUCACCAAUCGACCGGCUGUUCUGCGCAAGGAGUUUGUCUUUGAUGAGUAUCAGAUCUUGGAGGCACGUUUGGCUGGAGCUGAUACUGUCUUGCUGAUCGUUAAGAUGCUGGACAUUGAGCUUUUGACUAGAUUGUACCAUUACUCGCGCAGUCUGGGCAUGGAGCCUUUGGUCGAAGUUAACACCCCCGAGGAGAUGAAGAUUGCAGUCGACUUGGGCUCAGAGGUCAUCGGUGUCAACAACCGCGAUCUGACGAGCUUUGAAGUUGACCUCGGAACGACAAGUCGCCUCAUGGACCAGGUGCCAGAGACCACGAUUGUCUGUGCUCUCAGUGGAAUUUUGGGACCCAAGGACGUGGAAGCUUACAAAAAAGAGGGCGUCAAGGCUAUUCUUGUCGGAGAAGCUCUCAUGAGAGCACCUGACACCUCUGCCUUCGUGGCAGAGCUUCUUGGCAGCCCCGAACAAAAGUCUACGGAGGCAUCACAAAGCUCUCCUCUAGUUAAAAUUUGUGGUACUCGGACCAAAGAAGGAGCCCAAGCCGCUAUCGAAGCCGGUGCAGAUCUGAUUGGUAUCAUCUUGGUUCAGGGCCGCUCGCGACUUGUUCCAGAUGACGUAGCUCUGGAGAUUUCCCAGGUGGUCAAAUCAACUCCUCGUCUAGCCAGCAAAGCAUCACAGGAAUCAUCAAAGAUGCCAUUGGAGUGGUUCGACCACUCUACUAAUGUCUUACGUCACCCAUCUCGCGCUUUGCUUGUGGGUGUGUUCAUGAACCAGCCACUGUCCUAUGUCCUUUCACAGCAGCAAGCACUUGGACUCGAUGUUGUGCAACUACAUGGGUCUGAGCCACUGGAGUGGGCAACCCUUAUUCCAGUUCCUGUCAUCCGCAAGUUUGCCCCCGGUGACAUUGGCAUUUCACGCAGAGCAUACCACACUCUUCCACUACUUGACUCCGGCGCCGGCGGCUCUGGUGAGCUUCUGGAAGAAAGCGGCGUCAAAAAGGUCCUUGACAGCGACGAAGGAUUGCGUGUGAUUCUGGCUGGAGGUUUGAACCCUGACAAUGUCGUCGAGACAGUGAAUAAGUUGGGCCAGUCGGGCCAGAAAGUCGUUGGCUUGGAUGUCAGCUCGGGCGUGGAGACAAACGGCGUUCAAGAUUUGAACAAAAUCCGAGCUUUUGUCAAGGCAGUUAAAAGCAUUCGGCAGUGA